CUUACUUGAAAAAUAAGCAAAGCCAAUUCUUCAAUAUUACUCUAUCAGCUUCUUUCCAAAUUCUUUCUUCCCUUGCAUUGGAUUGAAUUCCUUCCCGGAGCUCUCUUCCCCUCUUCCUCCAUAAGCCUUCAACAUUACUCUUUCAGCUCCUCUCCAAAUCCUGGCUUGCCUUGAAUUGAUUUGAAUUCCAGCUCUCUUCUCCUCUUCCUCAAUAAGUUAUUUGUGUUUUUCUUUAUUGGUUAUGGCGAUUUUCAAUGCAAAGAAGCGAGGAAUUCUUGGAUUCUGGGGCUGCCUUUUGGUGAUUAUGAUUUACUCCAUGAAUUGCUAUUCCGCGAGAUCUGACAAGGAAACGAGGGAGAGAUUCUACGGGAACCUGCUGAACUCUUCCGCCCCGGCUGCCGACGAUGGCAGCAUUGCCAAAAUGUUCGAUCGCGUACUCGAGAAGGAAUUCGCCGAGAAUGAUCAGCCCGAAGGAUCUGAUGGAAGCAGCUUCAACAGCAGUUUAGCUGAUCAACAAGCUGAACUGGAGACUGUGGCUAAACUCACUCCUGAGAAGACCAAGAGAAAUGAUACAAAGGAGGCAAAUGGCACAACAGUGGAGAGUGAAGAUUCAGAUGACAUGACCACCUUGAUUGACAAAAAGGACAACGUAUUUGUGAUGUCAAACAAGAAAUCCAAGUAUCCAGUACUUCAAGUAGAUUUGAGAUUGAUCUCAGACUUGGUGGUUGUCAUAGUUUCUGCUGCUAUAGGUGGAAUUGUUUCUUCCUGUUUGGGGCAACCGGUUAUUGUUGGCUAUCUUCUUGCUGGGUCAAUUAUUGGACCAGGGGGCUUGAAGUUUAUUAGUGAAAUGGUACAGGUUGAAACUUUUGCACAGUUUGGUGUUGUCUUUCUUCUCUUUGCUUUAGGGUUGGAGUUUUCUUUGACAAAGUUAAAAGUUGUGGGGCCUGUUGCUGUUCUUGGAGGGAUACUUCAGAUAAUCAUAUUUAUGUUCUUGUGUGGCGUAACAGCCCUGUUAUGUGGAGCAAAGUUGUCUGAGGGUGUAUUUGUUGGUUCGUUCUUAUCAAUGUCAUCAACAGCAGUGGUGGUAAAGUUUCUAGUAGAACGGAAUAGUAGUAGUGCUCUUCAUGGUCAAGUGACAAUUGGGACACUUAUUCUUCAGGACUGUGCUGUUGGCCUAUUAUUUGCAUUGCUCCCAGUUUUGGGUGGUAACGGUGGCCUUUUGCAGGGGAUGGUUUCUAUGGGAAAGCUGCUGCUGGUGUUGUCGAUGUAUCUCACUGCUGCAUCUGUACUGUCUUGGUCAUUUGUUCCUCGCUUUCUAAAGCUGAUGAUACAGCUAUCAACCCAAACAAAUGAACUUUAUCAGCUUGCUGCUGUGGCUUUUUGCCUAUUAUCUGCCUGGUGCAGUGAUAAGCUGGGCCUGAGCCUUGAGUUGGGUUCGUUUGUGGCUGGUGUUAUGAUAUCUACUACUGACUUUUCACAACAUACUUUGGACCAGGUGGAACCAAUUCGUAACUUAUUUGCAGCUCUUUUCCUUUCAAGUAUUGGAAUGCUUAUACACAUACAUUUCCUGUGGAACCAUGUGGAUAUUUUGCUAGCAUCUGUCAUUCUGGUUAUAAUCGUUAAGACAGCUGUUGUUACUGUUGUUUCUAAGGCCUUCGGAUAUAGCAUUAGGACAUCAUUCCUUGUUGGAGUCCUGCUUGCUCAAAUUGGAGAAUUUGCUUUUGUACUCCUUAGUCGCGCCUCAAAUCUUCAUCUUAUUGGGGAGAAGAUGUAUCUACUUCUUCUUGGAACAACAGCUCUUAGUCUCGUAACAACGCCUCUGCUGUUUAAACUGAUACCUGCUAUGAUGAACUUGGGCGUUCUCAUGCACUGGUUCCCCUCAGAGAGCGACACACAGAAUGAGGAGAAAGUUUCCAUGAUUGAAGCGUAUAACAGAUCAUUGUGAUCUUCCAUGACAUGAUUGAGUUCGCUGGUCACAUCAGCGUUACAACUUAAAUAUCAAUCAUUUGAGCAGGUCAGCACCUGCUUCUACUGCCAAUUUUAUUUUUUAGAGGUUGCAGCUGACAUGUCAGCUUAUUCAUUCCAUUGAAACUCAGCACUGAGUUUUCGUGUAAAUUUUUUGUAUGCUUAAAGAGUACUAUAGAUAAGAAAUCUUUUAGGGCUUACACAUACUAAUUGUGCUACAAAUUUAGACUAGAUAUAUUCUGAUGAAUUUUGAUUUCAAUUGUAUAAAAUAAUGAACAAUACAGAAAAAUGAAACAGAUAUUCAAGAUCAUUUUUGUUUUGUGAUGCUUAAUGAAAUUAUGAUUUGAACCA